UGACGACGUUAUUUUUAAAGCACUGAAAUAAUGAAUUUGUUUCUGAGUUCCGUGUCAUUUAUUUUGUAUUUGGUGGCAGUAUGUCAAGCUUCAGGAACAGAUAUUGCGCUGGACGCAAAAGCAACACUUCUACAUCGGAUAGACAGCUUAAAUCUGCUAAUUUAUACCUGUCUUUUAACUCUGACUGUGUUAACUAUAUGGGUAUUUAAACAUCGCCGUGUGAGCUGGCUCCAUGAAACAGGACUCGCUGUUAUAUAUGGUUUAAUAGUAGGGGCAAUAAUUCGCUAUGCGGGCAGUACAAACCAAGUUACGUACAUCAAUGUGCAUCCAGCACCAGAGACAAAGUACAACCUGUCUGUUCCACCAGACAUGUUACGUCUGCACUUCCCGGACAAGAUGCAGGUGUCAUCUGGAGAUGCUCCAGUGCCUAACAAGACUUAUGCCUAUAGCUUUAGAGGUGAAAUAGUGAAUGUGGAACAAAAUGAGAUAGAUCUGAAAGCUACAUUUGAUCCUGAGAUAUUUUUCAAUAUAAUUUUACCACCUAUUAUAUUCCAUGCUGGAUAUUGCCUGAAAAGGAAAUAUUUCUUCCGCAACCUUGGCGCCAUAUUAACAUUUGCGAUGGUCGGCACAGCGCUAUCUGCGCUGGUGAUCGGAGCCCUUAUGUACGGCUGUGUGCAACUGAUGCCGGAGUCCCUAGCCACAAGUUUCACCUUCCUAGAUACCCUGUACUUUGGUGCUCUCAUCUCGCCGACCGAUCCCCUGACAGUACUCGCCAUCUUCUCACAAUUAAAGGUGGAUGUGAAUUUGUAUGCAAUGAUAUUCGGCGAAAGUGUCCUCAAUGAUGCGGUGGCUUUAGUACUUAGCGGAGCCAUUCAAAACUACGAGCUGAGAUACUCGAAUGAUGGCGGGUUUGAGAUCACCGCGUUCCUCGGAGCGAUUGGAGAUUUUAUUGGGAUCUUCAGUUUGUCACUGCUCGUUGGUGCUCUAAUUGGAUGUUUAACGGCUUUGAUGACGAAGUUCACUCACGUUCGAGAGUGGCCGCUCCUCGAGUCAGCGCUCUUCGUGCUGACUUCGUACGCUGCCUUCCUUAUUGCUGAAGUCUGCGAGCUAACAGGUGUGGUAGCGGUAUUAUUCUGCGGUAUAUGCCAGGCGCACUACACUUACAACAAUCUCUCGUCGGACUCCCGGAACCGCACGAAGCAACUCUUCGAACUGCUCAACUUCCUGGCUGAGAACUUCAUCUUUACGUACAUCGGCGUGUCAAUGUUCACCUUCCCUAAGCAUCACUUUGACCCGUGGUUUAUCAUAGCUGGUUUUGUAACAUCAACACUCGGUCGCGCCGUCAACAUCUACCCGCUCUCGUUCCUCCUCAACCUAGGACGCAACCCACCGAUACCCAUGAACUUCCAACACAUGCUAUUCUUCUCAGGUCUGCGUGGAGCGAUGUCAUUUGCUCUAGCCAUCCGCAACACGGUAUCGGAAGCGCGGCAAGCUAUGCUGACGACCACAUCUCUGAUAGUCAUAGCGACCGUCGUGCUGCAGGGAGGCGCCGCUACACACGCGCUUGCAUAUCUACGUAUACCUACUGGGGAAGGAGGAAACGAUGAGAGCGAUGCGCUUCCCUACAGAGAUGUCAGAAGUCUCUACCAGGCCACGGACGUUGCUGGAUCGAGAGGCCGCAUGGUAGUUAAGUGGGCUAAUGGCGCGAAGGAAGUGAUUAUGCCUUGGGGACUAAACGGUAUCGAAGAUACGCCCCGCGACCGCGGCGACGGUGUCAGCGGCCAGAAGGCUCGUCUAGCGCGGCUGUGGGGAGCGGUUGACUCCAAACUUCUGAAACCGCUACUCACGCACGCGCGCCCACCCCUCACUGAGACACUACCAGCGUUCCUGAGGCCCUUAGCAAGAGUGCUCACAACUACACAUCAGUAUACCCAAGGGGAUAACAGUUUGCGCAGGACCGACUCAGAUUCAGAUCUGUGCAUUGACGAUCAACAUGCAGUUCCUACGAGCAUUGACCCGCAGCUAUCGAUUAACGUUCGGAAUGGAUAUGGGCAUGUUUGAGCUUUGUAGCGUUAGUGAUCCACGGCUGUGAUAUGAAAUUUGCUCUAAUAGCAUAAAGAAAAAUUUAUAAUUAAUAGGAAAUUCCUUUUUAAUUAUUGCACGCAGCAAUUAUGGCCAGGACUGGUGGACACGAGGAUUUCUGUCGAAGGUAUUACUGGGAGUAACAUCUAAAUGAUAUUUGUAUGUGACAACAUUUGAUGUACCAAAUUUGAAAAGGAAAUGUGCCACAAUUUUGUAUAAUAAGGCGUACGUCUUCGUCUGUGGAAAACAACAUUUUAAGUGUUCAUUUAUUUUAUCAUUCAUAUAAAGAAGAUUCUUGUGUAAUCCAUAUAACAAACAAGAUUGUAGACGUAAUUCAAUGUUAUGAACAGUUAAAACGUUGUUACUAAUGUUGUUAUUACCAGUGUGUGCUUAAGUCAUAAUGUUAAUGCAAAUUUCUUAUCUGAAUUUAAAUUAAUAUUUUAAUGUGAUAUGAUUAAAGAAUGUAAGAUCUGAUCAUAAUGACAGUAAUUACGAAUCCAUAGCUGCAAUGCAAAUAAUUUUAAGGGUGUAGAAUGUACGGGAGUCGUAUACAAAGCACUCCCGAUUUAGGUAACGCAAUUUUUAAUUUACACAUUUGUAGCAAGAUUUUUCAUUAAUUCCUUACAUCUUCUGCCAGCGAAUGGAAAACCUCCAUUUUAGUAUUUGUUGGGAGAAAAUCUAUCUCUCUUUGACUAUUUAUGUACCUUGAUACCAUCGUGCUGGCUAGAAAGCAAAAGUAUUUUGUUUAACAGUAUCUGGGACAAGUAAAAGCAGUAAAACCCGAUAAAUCCUAUAUCGAAUUACUGAGUGAAAGUUUUCUCUUAUAAUUAAAAACUAGUACCUCCCAUAUUUGAGAUUCUGCUACACCUAACUUCGCUUGCGCUUCAGCAAUAUGAAUUGGCACUUCUAUGAGCUCACCUCCACAAUCUAGUCUCUUGUCUUGUACCUACUUUUGAGUAUUAUUUCAUGGUCCAUUAAACACAUAAUCGAUUUAUUUUAUCGAUUUGUUAUUAUCAAUCGGGCAGUUAUAUGUUAAGUUGCUGGUAAAGGGUUAUAGUUUGGUAAAUUGCUUGUUUUUGUUUGACUUGUUUUAGUUAUUGACAAAGUGAAAUUAUUACUUGUAAAAUGGUUUUAAAAACCUUAUUUUUAUAUUAAAUCCUUGAUUACAAUGAAGAGGUACAACUUAAUUUCCAA